AUGCGCGGCGCAAAUUCUCCAACAACAGAAACGCCACCCGAUGACAAUGUUUCAGCGCUCAGCGCAGAUGCGCCCAAGGCCCGAACCCUCUCAGGUCCUCCUAAAGCCCGACCUGCCUCAUCCGCCACCGAAAUCCUCUUGACCACCACGCGCAAAGAGGCUUCUGAGCAAUACGCCCAAGCCGCAAAAGCCGAAAAGGCGUACCGCACCAAGAGGAAGGCCAAAUUGGCACGAGCCAACUACAACGAAACGAAGGAACACUUUCGCGAGGCCGUUUCUCACUUCAAGCUGGCUUUCAAGGGCUUGUUCUCCGUGAUUGGAAAUUUCAGCUAUCUCAUCAGCGAGAAGCGCGACAACAGAAAACAAGCGGCUGAGAAGAGAGCACAUGAGAAGAAUCUUGUGAGGAAGAGAAAACUUGAGGAGCAGCUGGCGAAGGCAGAGGCGGAAGCAGGCCCGGUCGCUGAUGAUGCAGAGGAUAAGGAGACGGCUGUUGAGAAGUAG